UUCAUUCCAGUGCACAAGCCGAGCGAAACAAGACGGUUUACGCGGCAGCCAAAGCCGAUAAAUUCGCUCAGGGAAUAAAUAUCUAUAAACCGCGGCUCUCUCCUUAUAGGAAUACCACUUGACGCACGUGAGCGUGCACGUAUGGGACUAUACAGCAUGAUCCUGACAGCACUGCCGCUAUCUCUGCCUCUGCUCUGACUAUAGAGAAAGUGCUUGGAUCUCUCGGAGAAGGUUGGCAUUUCCAUUUUUUUCUGUCUUUUUUGUUACCGAGUAUCAUCCAAACGCUGCUGGAAAUAUUCUCCGGAUGGUGACCACGGGCUGGACUACCUGUUUUCAGUGCAUUCGCUCAAUGCGAGGGGAAGGGACCGUGAGACUUGCGCCUGUUGUCUUUUCCCUGGUUUAAUAAGGCACUUUGGGAAUCACUGAAAAGGGGAGAAGGGCUGAAAUAUUUUAUAUCAAAGGCGAUAUUUGAUCUGGACUCUCACCUCUGUGUGUUUUGGUGAAUGGAGGUAACUCUGGUCCUGGAGGUUUGACACAGCGGGGACCGGGACGGGACUGGGUGCGUGGAGCGUCGGAUCACCCAGGAUUGUAUUCCUUCCUCACUCUCUCUGCCGUGGGUCUAUUUACAUGUCCGACCUGACCGCUUUAUGACAAUGGAUUACUUUCUGCUUUUAUGCAGCCUCUUGCUGCCUGUGGUGUCUGCCGUGGAAGAGACGUUGAUGGACACAAAGUGGGCCACGACAGAACUGGCUUGGACUGCACAUCCUGAGACUGGGUGGGAAGAGGUCAGCGGCUACGACGAUGCCAUGAACCCCAUCCGGACGUAUCAAGUCUGCAAUGUGCGUGAGCUCAACCAAAAUAACUGGCUACGUAGCGACUUCAUCCCGCGAAAAGAUGUACUGCGCGUAUAUGUGGAGAUGAAAUUCACAGUGCGUGACUGCAACAGCAUUCCCAACAUCCCUGGUUCCUGCAAAGAAACAUUUAACCUCUUCUACUAUGAGUCUGACUCGGAUUCAGCUACGGCUACCAGCCCUUUCUGGAUGGAGAACCCUUAUGUGAAGGUUGACACCAUCGCCCCAGACGAGAGUUUUUCCAUGCUCGAGUCUGGACGGGUAAACACGAAAGUCAGAAGUUUUGGCCCGCUAUCCAAAGCUGGCUUCUACUUGGCCUUCCAGGAUCUCGGCGCUUGCAUGUCGCUCAUCUCAGUCAGAGUGUUUUAUAAGAAGUGCUCCACCACGAUCGCCAACUUCGCCGUAUUUCCCGAAACGGCAACGGGGGCUGAAGCGACAUCGCUGGUGAUAGCCCCGGGAACUUGUGUCCCCAAUGCCUUGGAGGUGUCUGUGCCGCUGAAGCUUUAUUGCAACGGAGAUGGGGAGUGGAUGGUUCCUGUAGGAGCCUGUACCUGCAUGGCUGGUUUUGAACCGGCCAUGAAGGACACCCAGUGUCAAGCGUGCAGCCCUGGCACCUUCAAGUCCAAACAGGGGGACAGUUUGUGCUUGCCCUGCCCAGCCAACAGCCGUGCCAGCUCGGGAGCAGCCAGUGUUUGCUCCUGUCGAAACGGUUAUUACCGCGCAGACACAGAUUCUCCCGACUCCCCCUGCACUACCGUUCCGUCUGCCCCACGCAGCGUCAUCUCCAGCGUCAACGAAACCUCGCUCGUGCUGGAGUGGAGCGAGCCUCGUGACCUGGGCGGCCGCGACGAUGUCCUCUACAACGUCAUCUGUAAGAAGUGCCUCCCCGACCGGGGAAUGUGUUCGCGCUGCGACGACAACGUGGACAUCUCGCCGCGCCACCUGGGAUUGACCCAGCGGCGCGUGGCGGUCCGGAACCUGCAAGCCCACACGCAGUACAGCUUCGAGAUCCAGGCGGUCAACGGCGUUUCCAACAAGAGCCCCUAUACGCCCCAGUUCUCCGCCGUGAACAUCACCACAAAUCAGGCCGCUCCCUCUGCAGUGCCCACAGUUCACCUGAUGGCGGCCACAGCGAGCACCAUGAGCCUGUCCUGGCUGCCUCCAGAGAAACCCAACGGAAUCAUUCUGGAUUAUGAGAUUAAGUACCAUGAGAAGGAUCAGGGUGAGGCCAUUGCCCAUACCAUGACUGCCCAACGGAGCAACGCCCGCAUUGAAGGUCUUAAGGCUGGUACGCCUUACGUGGUGCAGGUCCGCGCUCGAACAGUCGCUGGUUACGGUCGCUACAGCAGCCCAGCCGACUUCAGCACCAACCUCCAAACUGACCCCCCAAAGUCGCUGCAGGAGCAGCUGCCGCUCAUCGUUGGAUCAGCCACCGCCACCUUAGUCUUCAUCAUUGCAGUUGUGGUCAUCGCUAUUGUCUGCCUGAGAAAGCAGAGAAACGGUUCAGAGUCAGAGUACACAGAGAAACUGCAGCAGUACAAAUCCCCAAUAGUAACGCCGGGAAUGAAGGUCUACAUUGACCCCUUCACCUACGAGGACCCCAAUGAGGCAGUGCGCGAGUUUGCCAAGGAGAUCGAUGUGUCCUGCGUGAAGAUCGAGGAGGUCAUUGGCGCAGGAGAGUUCGGGGAGGUGUGUCGCGGUCGCCUAAAGCUGCCCGGGCGCCGGGAGAUCAUCGUAGCCAUCAAGACUCUCAAGGUGGGCUACACCGACAGGCAGAGGCGAGACUUCCUAUCUGAAGCGUCCAUCAUGGGCCAGUUCGACCACCCCAACAUUAUCCGCCUGGAAGGUGUGGUCACCAAAAGUCGUCCGGUGAUGAUUGUGACCGAGUUUAUGGAGAACGGAGCACUGGACUCUUUUCUGAGGCUCAAUGAUGGGCAGUUCACAGUGAUCCAGCUGGUAGGCAUGCUCCGUGGGAUCGCAGCAGGCAUGAAGUACCUGUCAGACAUGAACUACGUGCACAGAGACUUGGCUGCCCGUAACAUCUUGGUUAACAGUAAUCUGGUGUGUAAGGUAUCUGACUUCGGCCUGUCUCGUUUCCUUGAGGAUGACCCCACAGAUCCAACCUACACCAGCUCACUGUAUUUCAUGCUCACCUACUCAUUCGCAUAUCCACAGGGAGGGAAGAUCCCCAUUCGCUGGACCGCUCCGGAGGCAAUCGCCUACAGGAAGUUCACCUCUGCCAGCGACGUCUGGAGCUACGGCAUCGUCAUGUGGGAAGUUAUGUCGUAUGGCGAGCGGCCGUACUGGGACAUGAGCAAUCAAGAUGUGAUAAAUGCCGUGGAGCAGGACUAUCGACUGCCCCCACCCAUGGACUGCCCGACGGCUCUGCACCAGCUCAUGUUGGACUGCUGGGUGAAAGAAAGGAACCUACGACCUAAAUUCACCCAGAUCGUGGCCACGUUGGAUAAGCUUAUUCGCAAUGCUGCCAGUCUCAAAGUAGUCACCAACAGCACGCAGUCCUCGGGGGUUUCUCAGCCCUUGCUUGACCGCUGUGUGCCAGACUAUACCACUUUCACCACUGUGGGGGACUGGCUGGAUGCCAUCAAGAUGAGCCGCUACCGUGACAACUUUGUCAACGCAGGAUUUGCUUCCUUUGACCUGGUGGCCCAGAUGACAGCAGAGGACCUGCUGCGGAUAGGGGUUACAUUGGCUGGCCAUCAGAAGAAAAUUCUUGGUAGCAUUCAGGACAUGAGACUACAGAUGAACCAAACACUUCCUGUCCAGGUGUGAGUGAGAAGACACGCAAACCGAUGCAGUCGAAGGACAGCCAGACGGAAAAAGGGGGAGAAACUGUGCCAGAGAUUGCCACUGGAAAACCCUAGCUGCCUGACCCAUCUCUGCCAAUUAGACACUACGAAACUGGCUUGCAGUGCCUCUGAAUAUUUUUUUGUUUCUUUAUUUCAUUACCACUUACAUUUCCUGUUUCUGCAUUUUUUUGUUAGUUUUCUGUUUUUUCUCCCCCCCCAUCCAAUCGGAGCUUGUGUGUUUUUGAAAGAGGAGAAAUAGUAAACCCCCGUAUAUCCUUACGCGUGCCUCACCAGCUCUGGAGUGAGUUGAUGUUUGCAUGCAUGUGCAUUGUAGUGGAGUUGGCCUUAGUCCCGUCACUUAAAUGUCACACUCUUAUCCUCACACAAGAGCCCCUCCCCUUGAUUCCUGUUCCCAGCUCUGCUGGAUGAUCCGUGUAGGAAAGAAGGAAGACCCUUGUAUAAAAAAAAAAGAAGUGAAAACGUUUUUA